AUGAAGAAUCAAAAUCGGAAGAAACAAGGGGAAUCGGCAGCUAAGUGUAAAAAAGAAGAUUAUAUCAGCAAACUUCCCAAUAGCAUCAUAUGCAACAUCUUAUCUUACCUCAAAGUCAAGGAUGCUGUGACGACCAGUGUUCUUUCAUCCAAAUGGAGGAACAUUUCUUGCAAUCCAAGCAACCUUAUUCUGGAUGAAGACAACAUGCUAAUUAAGCGAGAACACUCUCUAACCUAUGUUUUGCUCCACCUAAGCGUGGUGCAAAGGUUGGAAUUCAAAAGGGGCAGAACCUUAGCCUUCGUUAGUAAUGUCAACAUGUACUUGUCACAUGUUGAAGAAGUCCAAAAGAUUGACAAGUUAAAGGUUUGCUUCACAUUUCGCCAUAAUGAGUAUGGCUCCACUGAUCUUGAUCGGUGGAUUCGUUUCGCCGUCGAGAAAAAUGUGGAAGAGAUUGAUCUUUGCUUGUUGGAAGAGAAUCAUCAUCACCUGAUCAAUGCUAGUCCAAAUGAUGGAUACUAUGUUUUCCCCUGUGAAGUUGUUGGCAAUUAUGAGGGUCAAAGUGGCUCCAAGUCAUUUCUGAAGAGUCUUCGAUUGGCACAUUGUGUACUUGCACCCCACAUGUUACAUAACUUGGGUUUUAGCACACUUACUACUAUGGAACUCUUCAAAGUAGAUCUGAAAUCUGAAUUGCAUAUUCAGAUUUUGUUGUCUAGCUGCAGUAACCUUGAGUUUUUUGGGUUGUCUGAAUGUUACAACAUGAAGAAUCUGAAGAUAGAGCACCCCUAUUGCCAGAAGUUAAAGUACCUGAAGGUGAAGCUUUGCCAGGAGUUGAAGAAACUUGUGCUCUACAGCACCAGCUUGGAGGCCUUGGAAUUCAAGGGAAGCAAAAUUGAAUUUGUGUUCGAUGCUCCAAGACUUAAAACUUUCUACAGUCCUGUGAGUGAUACUGAUGCUUGUCAUAAGGAGCUUUGGCCAGUCUUUAGGCUUCCCAUUGACAUACCCCAGCUUGAAACUUUGAUCAUGGAAUGCAGCUGUAACAUGGGUAAGGUUAUGACAAACAGAUUGCCGACGUUGACAUUUCCAUGUUUGAGGCAUCUGGAAGUUAUCAAAGUGUCCACACAACGACAGGACCUGUGGUGGGUUGCGAGAACUCUGAAGGCAUGCCCUAUGCUUCAAAGACUAGAGUUGCAUCUGAAGACCUAUCUUUGUAUUGAUGAUGAUGUAAGGGAAAGAGGUUGGCCUCCCAAAUUUGAGCAUAAUCAUCUCAAGGAAGUUGUAAUAACCGGCAUUAAAGGAUACUUAUGUGAAAUUGAAAUUGCAAUUUAUCUUCUAAGGAACGCAAUUUCACUUGAGAAGAUGACAAUAGAUCCACGUGCAAAAGUUUACAUUGAAAACGGAAAAUGGGGUCAAGCAGAAGCUUUUGGGAAUUGGAGCAGGGUAGGGAAGCCGAAGGUCCAUAGACAUCUAAAGCAAGAAGCUAAUUCUUCAGCAGUGGAAUUGUUGAUAAAGUAAACAAAAAGGGAUGCAAGAAUCUUGCUAUGUGCAACAUCUCCUCAAGCAAUAGAGAUAGAAUCAGACAAGAAAAAUGGAAGCUAGGAAAGAAAUUCAUAAAGGCAUAGCUAACAAGGAGCAUAUAAUAAUAAUAAUAAUAAUAAUAAUAAUAAUAAUAAUAAUAAUAAUAAUAAUAAUAAUAAUAAUAAUAAUAAUGGUAAAAUAUGUAUUCCUGUUUAGUCUAUGUAUUUAAGUAAAAUUUGAUUUUAGUUUUUAAACUUUAAUUUUUAUUAAUUUAGUCCCUGAAUCUUAUUGAAAAGAGUGAUUUUCACCCAUUUUCUUCGGUGUUAACAUCGUCUGUGAAUUGGGAUGAAAACAAUUGUUUUUAAAAGUUUAGGGACUAAAUUAAUUAAAAUUAAAUUUGGAAAUUAAAAUUAAGUUUCAGAUAGACUAAAAACAUAUUUUAUAUAAUAAUAUUGUAAACUUGUAAUCCGUAGUUCACUAGUAUGCACUAUGCAAUAAAGAAUAGUCAUAUAUAUGUAAAAGGACAAUGCUGGACCUCGGAGUUCAGCUGAACACAAGUUUCCCCAAACACUUCAAAUGAAAUGAAAUACAGUUCCUUGUUGGUUUUCAAUGUACACAUAUAGCCUUGCAAGUAAUAAAAAUGAUUUUGGUU